AUUUCCACGAGCUGAAUAGUGAAAACCCCAACCCGAAACGUUCUCAACUGAAAACAAAUUUCGUCAUUUACUUCCCCGCUCGAAGGCUUCCGGUAACCGGCGAACAAAAAAAUAUGGCGGCUGGACGAUUGCGAUUUACCUCUCUCCUCCGUACCCUUUCUUCUCCCGCCUCCGCCUCCUCCGCUGCCCGGAGAUCUAGUUCUCUGAUCAGUCCCCAGCACUCGAGGAGUUACGCCGCUGCCGCUGCUCCAAAGGAGCAGAAAGUGAAGGUACCUGUGACGAUGUUUGGGCUUUCUGGAAAUUAUGCCUCAGCUUUGUACAUUGCAGCUGUGAAAGCAAAUGCCUUGGAUAAAGUUGAAUCUGAGAUUUCUGACCUUAUUGAGGCAACAAAGAAGAGUCCGACAUUUUCUCAGUUUAUGAAGGAUUUGUCAGUACCAGCGGACAAAAGAACAAGGGCUAUACAUGUUAUUUGUGAGGAAGCAAAAUUUUCUGAUGUUACCAAGAACUUCUUAUUUGUUUUAGCUGAAAAUGGGAGGCUGCAACAACUAGAAAACAUAGCAAAGAGGUUUACAGAGGUGACCAUGGCUCAUAGGGGAGAAAUCAAAGCCAUUGUAACAUCAGUCAUUCCCCUUCCACCAGAAGAGGAGAAAGAACUGAAAGAAACACUUCAGGAUGUUAUUGGACAGGGGAAGAAGGUGAAGCUUGAACAGAAGAUUGAUCCCAGCAUUCUUGGUGGCCUUGUGGUGGAAUUUAGUCAAAAGGUUUUUGACAUGUCUAUAAAGACAAGGGCUCGUCAGAUGGAGAGAUUCCUGCGUACUCCCAUCGACAGGAUCUGAAGCUGCUGCAACUUCUCAGGGCCCUUAAACUCCUCAUUUCUCAGUUAUUUCCUUAAUUGACUUGAAGAAAAUUUCAAAUACCUCUCAUCCUCUUGCUUUGGCCGAUGUAUUUUCUUUGCUUCGAAAGUGCCUGAUUGCAAAUAAAUGGUACCAUAUACGCGGAAUAUUUUGUAUGCACCACUUUUUGAGAUUAUAAAUUGCAGGUUAACAGGUCCAUCCAAUUGUCUAUGAUUGUUCUCUUUUAAAAGGAUUUGUUGCAUUCUUUCUACUUCUUGUUCGGCUUUCUGAAAGUUUUGCUGUAUGAGACAGUUGAUGAGGUUUAUCAGGCUAUUAGUAGCUUGCUUUUC